AUGCUUCAAGCUUCCUUUCUGUGUGACAAUAAGUCUUCUUCUUUACUUUGCCUACCCAACAAGAUGGGGGAGUUUUUCUAUGAAGAUUGCCCAACCUCCCGCCCGAUCUUGCUGCUACAGAGGAGAGGGAAGACGGAGUCUACCCGUCGGUUACUUCCUCCAUGGAUAUUUGCUCAUGAAAUAAAGAAUUUUGUCGAGUUGCAGCGCAAGCAGCAGGAGGUGACCCUUGACGCAAGGGGGAGUAUACCUCCAAAAGACGGUAGACUUACCCCUCUUGCUGUUAAUGUAGUGGAUAGCGAGAGUGAAUCUUUCUUAGGCUGCGGCCUCUUUCAUUCUCGCCCGCUUAUUGCUGCCAGGAUUAUUGAGGGUGUAUCGUCCUCUACGUCUUUAGAUGCAGCUUUCUUCCGACAGAAACUGCGCGAGGCAGCUUUGAGAAGAAAGGGAUUGCCGCCAGAUGCACUGAAUCCCGCAGCAGCAGCAGCAGCAGCAGCAGCAGCAGGUUCUUCAGUAUCAGGAUCAGCAGCCGCACCAGCUGCUGCAGAUCGUAACCAUCAGAGCCUCCCCCCACACUCCGCCGCAAAAGACACUGCCCUUCCUUCUAUCCCCCGUGGCUUCUAUCGCCUAGUUAACGGGGAAAGUGACGGCCUCCCUGGGAGCGAGCUGCUGACUGGUCCGCUAGUUGCAGCAAUAAAAGAAGAAAUGCAGCCAACAGCAUUGGUGCUGCGCAAUGACAGUUUGCUGCGGCAGCUAGAGAGAGAUGCAUCUUUGCAGUCAUACUCUGCAUGCAUUAGCGGGGAAGUGACCAACUGGCAAUGGAUUAAGGAAGGAGGCUGCAGUUUCCCUGUAGAUCUCCUUAACAGCCCCGACACAGGCUGGUACUACGAUAGGCGGGAGGUGCGGAAGGCGGUGGCGGAGUUGCCUAUGGGGGGAAGGAUGCUUGAUCUUUAUUGCCAUUCUGCAGCAUUCAGCAUCAUGGCACUAUGUAGUGGUGCAGCAACGAGCUCUGUAUGCGUCGAUAUAUCCAGCGGUUCCCUUGAGCUAGCAGCAGCAGCAGCAGCAGCAAAUGGCGUACAGCAGCAGCUGGUGCUGCAGCAGGCCGAUGCACUAAAAUGGCUGCUGCAGAGAGCCAGCAGCAGCCCUCCUCCUCAUGGCUCUCUUCCUGCUGCGGAUAACGAAGCUGCUGCUGCUGCUGCUGCUAACGAGUUCGAUGUAGUUGUUAUAGAUCCUCCUCCUCCUUAUAGACAAGGACUUGUUGCUGUGUAUACAGAGGAGCUGCUGCAGCUUGCUGCUGCUGCUGCUAAGCUAAUCAGCAGCAAAGGGCGUCUUAUUCUUAUUGACAGCAGCAGAUUCCUUGAUCUACAAGAAUUAAUGAAUAUUCUUAUAGAUGCUAUGGCCAUUGCUCGCAGAACAGGUGAGCCAGCAGCAGCAGCAGCAGCAGCAGCAGCAGCAGCAGCAGCAGAUAGGUAG